CACAGCGUCGGGGAAAGAGAGAGAAAGGUUAUUUUUGACUAUCGUGAAAGUUUCUUACUAGCCUGGCUCUGUAACUUUGAUUUCCGGGUUCCAACUGCCAAAGAAAACCUUCUCGAUGACGGGAGGAGUGGUUCUAAAAACCUUUCUGAAUUUGGGAGAGUCUGAUAUGCUCUUUUUCUGCAGAGUAAGGGGGGAAAGACACACACGCUGCUAAGAAAACCUUUACGACAGUGUUCCUUUGUGCUGUCAAACCCCCUCCUUAUCCAAAGAAAAUAGGAACUACAGAGAAGACACAUUUCUGGACUUUUCUUCCGACAGCUGGAACCGCAGAGCUGGGCAGGCAAGCACCCUUUUCUUCAGAGAGAGCUUGCACAUGGUUAUGAGCUUUAGAGUGUCGGAGCUCCAGGUGCUUUUGGGUUUUGCGGGCAGAAACAAGAGCGGACGGAAGCAUGAGUUACUCACCAAGGCCUUGCAGUUGCUGAAGUCUGGCUGCAGUCCAGCGGUUCAGAUGAAAAUCAAGGAGUUGUACCGGCGACGGUUCCCCCGGAAGAUCCUCACCCCUUCGGACUUAUCCAUGCUGCACCUCCCAGCGGGGCAGCUGCCCUCGGCCACGGCGCUGACCCAGGGUGCCAUGUGCCACUUGCCCUAUGAUAAUGGAUCGGUGGCCUCUGCUGUGCCAGCUGGCCUGUUGCCUCCGGUGCCUAUGUUGGGACCCAAACACGAGACAGAUGUUCCCCAUUUGUCGCCACCCAUCCACCCGGUCCAUCCAGAUGUCAAAAUGAGGCGCUUGCCCUUUUACGAUGUUUAUGAUGAGCUCAUCAAACCCACCACCUUGGCUUCUGUGAACAGCCAGAGGUUUGAGGAGGCUCACUUCACCUUUGCCCUGACCCCUCAGCAGGUUCAGCAGAUCCUCGCCUCUCGAGAUAUCUUACCUGGUGCCAAAUGUGAUUACACUGUGCAGGUACAACUAAGGUUUUGUUUGUGUGAAACCAGCUGUCCACAAGAGGACUAUUUUCCACCCAAUUUAUUUGUCAAAAUCAAUGGAAAGCUCUGCCCUCUUCCGGGUUAUCUUCCCCCCACAAAAAAUGGCGCAGAGCCCAAACGACCAAGUCGACCCAUCAACAUCACCCCUUUGGUGCGGCUUUCAGCAACAGUCCCGAAUACGAUUGUCGUGAACUGGUCCUCUGAGUUUGGCAGGAAUUACUCCCUGUCGGUUUAUUUGGUGAAACAGUUGACAUCAGUGACGCUGUUACAGAAACUGAGGGCCAAGGGCAUCCGAAACCCAGACCAUUCCCGAGCCCUGAUCAAAGAAAAACUGACGGCCGAUCCCGACAGUGAGAUCGCGACAACAAGUUUACGAGUUUCUCUCAUGUGUCCGCUUGGCAAGAUGAGGCUGAUCGUCCCCUGUCGAGCUUUCACCUGUACCCACCUCCAGUGUUUUGAUGCGGCACUUUACCUUCAGAUGAAUGAGAAGAAGCCGACCUGGACCUGCCCUGUCUGUGACAAGAAGGCCCCUUAUGAGGCCUUAAUCAUUGACGGGUUGUUCAUGGAAAUCCUCAACUCCGUCACAGACUGUGAUGAGAUCCAGUUCAUGGAAGACGGGUCCUGGUGUCCCAUGAAGCCCAAGAAAGAAAACCCGGAGGUUUGCCAACCAUCUGCUUACAACGGGCUGGAAGCUUCCCUGUACGCGGUGGGCUCUGACGGGAAGCAGCUGGCCGAAAGCAAGAAGAAGGUGGAGGUCAUCGACCUGACCCUGGACAGCUCUUCCGAUGAGGAGGAGCCCCCCGCCAAGAAGCAAUUCCCAGUCACCACUGCAGCUGUCCCGUCGGCAGCGGGGCCCAAGGGGGUUUUAAGCCCCGACCACCAGCCCUCCUCGGUGUUGCGGAGCCCCCCAAUGGCGGCGGUGGGCAGCGACUACCUCUCCAGUCUUCCUAUCCCCGAAUACCACCCUUCUUACCAGGUCACCUCUGACAUGCAAGGUCUGGAUUUGUUUUCCUUCCUUCAAAGUGAAAAUCAGCAUUACAACCCUUCCGUGAUCACCUCCCUGGAUGAACAAGACCCCCUGAGCCACUUCUUCCAGUACCGUGGCACCUCCCCACAUUUCAUGAACCCCCUCGCUCCAGUUGUGGUGGGAUCCCACGGCACCGUUGGCUCUCCCACCAGCAGCCGCAUGAACAAUGUUGUGUCUUCACCCACCGCCACCUUGCGGGAAAGCCACACACACAACGGCGCCGUGGGGAGCAGCCCCAUCUUGCCCGGAUGCCGGCCAGAUAUAAUCUCUCUAGAUUAAACUGUGGCACCGAUACGCAGCAGUGGCUGUUUUGUCCCUCCCCGCAGGACAGAAACCAACAAAAGACAGUUCACCAAAUCCGUUUCUGAAUUGGGUUCCUACCGGCGCUUGGGAGGAAAAGAAUCAUGCGGAGUUCUUCCUCUUGUUCACCUUCGGGGCUCUCUGUGAUUCUGCACAAGGUUUGGGAAAUGCUGGCAUUCGGUUCAGGAAAGUUUUCUGAGCCCUAAGAAUCUCUAACCCGUUUCUGUUUUUAUAUCCAAGUGUCUGGCCCUUGGAACUGCUAUAGGAGUGCUUGAAAGCUGUGAGCUGCUGAAGUCUGAAAAGCUGGAAGGAAUCCUGAAAUAAGAUUUCAUUUCAAUCAUGGGGUGGAGUGCCCCAAGGCUUAUUGGAAGCAGGAUUAAUUAUGCAAAACGAGGCAAACCAAGGCUCAUCUACAUCAUCUGUCCAAGUUGCAGAAUCCCUCCCACUUUCAACAUAAAACCUCGGGGGGGUUGUGCAGGAUUUGGUAUGAUUGGCUUUGCAGCUCAAGAUGCAGGUGAAAUCAGCACGUUGCUCUUAAGCAACGAGUGUUAACCGUGUUGCGUUUGAGUGACGCUCAAGAGGUGGUGUUUGCCAAUGACCAGAGAUUCCAGGCAGGUUAUAUUGGACCAAUUGAGAUUGGUGUUAAAAAUGUGCAAGUGUGACAGAACUCUUUGUCAGGGAAAGAUGUGCCCAAUGAAGUUAUGUGAAAAUUGAAAGCUGUGUACAAAUCUGCCAACCAGCUCCCUCCCUCUUCCUGUAGCUACUUCAUUACCCCAGCAUAUUGGCACACCUUGAUUGGAAGCCUGGACAGCAAUUGAGAGACGGAUCCAGUGCAGGCAUGACAGGAAAGGCACCUGCUUUCAUUGCGAGGAGCAAUAGGUUCCAGGGUAGAGUUUAAAGAUCCUACCCUGCACAAACUUCUCAAGAUUGUUGCACUUGAGAGCCAGAAGGGGCGCCCUUCACAGAGGACAGCCAGAAAAGAUUUGUGUGAUGAUGAGAGAAAAAUACCUUUGGCUCAUAAUGAAGAUCAAGUAGAUGCCUGCGUUGAUUUGUAGAGUGGCUCAAGAAUGCAAAGGUUUGGGGGGGUGAAGAGCAUGCUGGUUCUUCCAUGGGUGGGGCUUCCGAAACGUGUCCAGAGUCCAAACAAGCCCAUAACCGCUUUCUCCUCUGCCUCUUUGGUGCUGCUGGCUGUGUGUGCACUUGAGGAGCCAUGGGAGGCAUUCUCCAAAGCCAUGGGCUGUGAUGUGGGCCGGUGCCUUCCAGCCCAUAAAAAUCUGUUCUGCCGCAGGCAGCACUUCCCCCCUUUUACUCUUCGCGUUGUGGGUCCCUCCCUUUGACUUGUGCUCCCUUGACAUUUGGUUUUGUGCUAAUGCAGUCCCAGGGGAAGCUCUCAUACCAGCAUGCCCUGAAAAUCCCAUGAUUUGCCACUGUGGCUGUUUUUUCUCUUGCCCCUCCCAUUAGCCAUUGCAGCCGGUUGACUCAGUCUGAAGACUGUUGUCAUCACAGUGUAUUUUUUAAAAAACUGUAGAUGUAGGGUUUCCAUUCCCUCUUAAAAUAUUUCCUACCAAUCUUGUACAGAGAACAAAAGAAUAUAUAUAUAUAUAUUAUAAUAAUAUUUUCAGUUUUUGUACAUAAGAAACUCCAAAGAUCUCUUUUGCUCUCUUCUGAGGACUAAAUGAAGGUUGCACUUUCCUCCCUGUACAUGGGGGUGGGUGGGUGAGGGUAGCACAUCGUCCAUUGCACAACUUAUUUAUGUAUUUAAGUGUAUAAUUGUGUGUGUGUGUUUUAAGUUUGUAGCAGCGGUUUCCAUGUUUUCUACUUAAGCCACCCCUUGCUGCACUUGCCCCCUCACCUUUUCCAAGCCAGCUGGUGUGGUGAGGCCUCUUGCAGUGCUGCGAGAGGCUUGUAAAAAGACAGACAGUACCAUCCAAAGUUAAGCACUUUUUUUAAAAAAUCCCAUUGAUUUCAACAGGAAGAAACAUGAGCCUUGAACAGGGCUUUUGAGCCCUAAAAGGUGGUUUAGAAAUCUUUUUUAAUAAUAAUAAUUAAACGCAAUGGGAAAUAAGCCUAUUUUGAGAUGCAGUGAAACAGUGGACAGCCUUAGCAAGCUUGCCUCUUUUACGUGUUGUUUUUUAGUUCACUCCACAAAGCCUCAACGAUGUGCAGAUCAGACCAGAAUGCCAAAUUUUAGAACAGGCAACUUUUGAAAUGCAUUUCAGUCCAGGACACUUGAUUACAUUUAACAUUGCCUGUUUCUUAGAUCUCACUACUUGGAGAACCUUGAUAAGUAAUUUUCCACAGUUUGUUUUAAUACUCAGUUUGACAGUUUGGAACAGAAUGGAAUUCUUGUGCUGUGUUGCAGUGAAUCCUGAACUUCCUUGGAAGUUGAUCUGGGGUUCCUGAAUGGGAAGUCGUGUCAGGCAAGCUUGCUCGGCCUAUCCAGCCUUCCCGCUACAGUGUGUGGGGUCUUUUAGGCUGUGUCGGGUCUGUAGCUGAGUGGCAGAGAACUUUGCUUUGCAUGCAGAAGGCGUGAUCUCCAGCCAAAAGGAUCAGCUAGCAGAGUGACCUGAAAGCCUGUUCUGGUGGCCCUGGGGCACUGCUGCAGGACAGGACAGACAGAGAGCCUGAGAGCUUCCCUGUGUUCCUUGAACUAGGUUGCUUCCAAGUAUUCAUGCAUAAGGUGAGUUAAUAAAUUUGACAACCAUUCAUACAUGGUUUGCAAAAGAAAGUUCAAUGUUUCGUAACCCAAGACGAGAAGAGGUUUUUGAAGUCCCCGCUGUGGAAAAAAGUCUUAAAAUUUAACCUGUAUUGUAGUCUGUGAGCCUAUAAAGGAAGGUACUUGAGGAAUUGCCUCAGAGGUCAUGCAGUCCAACCCCUUGAUCAAGAUGGCUUUAAUACAGAUUAGUUCCCUUCCCCCCCAGAAAAAAUGUAAAUUAGCUACUCUUUUUAGAGUGUUUGAAAGGGUGCAAAUACCCCAUACAAUUUUUUCAACAUGUACGUAUGGGAAUGGUGGUAUUAAUUUGUGGUAGGGUAGAACAAGGGAUGUUGGGUAGAGAAAAUAUUUUUAAUCAUAAAGAUGAUCCAGAAUGAAUCAUGUGACUUUACAUGUGUGACCUGGUGUGCCCCAGUGCCUUCUAGGAAGCAGAAGGCAGUUAUUUUUUGAAAGCAUCGAAUGAGAACAGUGGAGCUCCGAAAGAGGUGUAUGGGUUUUUUGGGGGGGAGGGGCUCCCCUUUUAGUUGGCAUAACAUGUUAGAUUGCAGAACAUGCUGACUCCUGUCGUGCCACUUUGUGUGCUGCAAUACAUGGGAAACCUAGACAGUGGUAGCCUGAGAAGCACCCACUUCUCUUUAUACAAAAACUCAAGUCUCUAGUCCUGCAGGGGGAAGUGUAAAAACAUGAGAGUAGUGUUUGCUGAAGUAUGAAGCCAGAAAAAAGAGGGCUGAGCGGGGGCUCCUGUCCACAUAAGAGCUUCUCAUCUCCUUCCCCUCACCAGCUGCCUUACCAGCUCAAAUCUUCAUGCUAUAAAACUUUUUCCCCCAUUCCGCCUGAGUAUUGCUGAAACAUUCCAGCUCCUUUGAAGCAUGAAACUGGCAAACUGCAAAUAUUGCAUAUUUACCCCCAGCACACAUGCAUCUGUUUGUGUUGACAGCAUUGUGCUUCAUAUGUCUGCAUGGAUGGGGCAGCCUUCCAGAUGUGCUCGUGAAGUCACUACUUGGAAUUGAGGGAUAGGGGCCUAGUUUCAUCCCCCCCCCUUUGUUGCUCAGUCUUGUAGUCAGUUUAUUUGUUGGCUGUUUCUCAACUAAGGAUUCAGAUUGGAAGGCCUUGUAGAGAAAGGGCAAAUUAUGCAGACAGUUGAAAAUGUUGUUCAUAUAAAUGAGCAUUUUAGGACGAGGGGCAAUGAGCUCUGUUUUUUCUUUCAAUGCCACUAUCAGACACUAAAGAAGAAAUUUAAUAGACCCCAAUCUCUCUCAUACAAUAAAACAUUUUAUCUGUAUCACUACGUAAUAGAAAAAAAAUGAGGAAUGCCUUGCUUAAUCCUAGUCCUUUCUCUUGGGUUUGUUUUUUCUGCCUGUUGAAUCUCUUGUUUUAUCAACUUGGAGCCAUUGUGUAUAUGCAAAAAGUACCUUUUAGAUAAAAUAAUCUUGGCAAACGAA